AUGUCGGACGACCCAGGCCAGAAAUACAAGAGCUUUGGAUUGGACUAUGUUCCUACCAUACAUCACGACACCUACCCAGCGAUCGAACCUACCAAGGCCGAUCUCAAGGGCAAAUACAUAUUCAUCACUGGAGCCUCCAAAGGCGUUGGCAAAGCAGCAGCCGUUAGCUUCGCUAAAGCCGGGGCUGCUGGUUUGUCCUUGGGUGCCCGAUCCUCUCUCACCGACGUUGUCGAAGCGGUGAAAGUGGCAGCAAAGUCCGCAGGCCACCCAGAGCCCAAGAUCCUCAGCCUCAGCCUCGACGUUACAAACCGCGCAAGCGUCGAGGCAGCCGCAACGCAAACUUCAGAAGCGUUCGGUGGCCGGGUAGACGUCCUCAUCAACAACGCCGGAUACCUGUCCGACUACGUGCCUUUGAUGGAGACGGACCCGGACGAGUGGUGGUACGAAUAUGCCGUCAACAUGCAAGGCCCGUACCUAGUCACCCGUUCUUUUCUUCCCCUGCUCCGCGCCUCCUCGCAUAAGGUCUUGCUGAAUGUCUCCUCCAUCGCUGCACACAUGAUAGGCGUUUGUUCCUCAUCGUACGCCACCAGCAAGCUCGCGCUGCUGCGCUUCACCGAGAUCAUGGAGUUGGAGCAUGGGACUGGAACAAAUGACGGUGUAGUAGCUAUUUCCGUGCACCCGGGUGGUGUGAAGACUGAAUUGGCGUUGCAUUUGCCCCAGAUGUAUCAUGCGGGUUUGAUCGAUACCCCGGAGAUAGCGGGCGAUUCGUUGGUUUGGUUGGCCGGAAAGAGGAGGGAGUGGCUUGCGGGGAGGUAUGUCAGUUCGAACUGGGAUGUUGAUGAGCUGGAGGGAAGGAUGGAAGAGAUCUUGAAAGGAGACUUGUUGAAGGUGAGGAUGGCGGUGAAUCCCUUUCCUGAUGUGUGAUCAUAUAAUGACCGGUCUUGGCCAAGCCGGCUACACAGCUUUGUAGAGAGUGGCGUAAUGUUGGCUAGGUAGUGAUGGCAAUAGCAAUGGUGGGUUCUGGGCGG